AUGAAGGAGAGAGUCACAUUUGUCCAACCCCAAGGGGCUGAUAUUGACCCAAAGCUUCUAAAAGUCAAAACGAACGAGCUUCAAGGACCGUCGGUAAAGACGACCCGAGAGGAUAGGCUAACCAUUGGUCACGAUGAAUUGCCUUCGGAGCUUGCCAGCCUUCUAAGCGGUUACCGAGAUCUGAGCAUUCGGUGGGCGAGUCCAUCAACCUAUGACACCGUCGAGCCUUUUUCGUCACGACUGCCGCCUGGUAUUCACGUAUUCUACACGCCUUCUAGCAAGAAGGGUGAACAUGACCGACUAUGCACCACUCUACAAGCUUUUGGCUCAAUAGACUGUGUCGCAUCGGAGUCAUUUACUACCCACGGAGAAGGGCAGAUGGUUAACCCUCCAGCUGGCACAUUUUACCAGGAACUCGAGAAUCUAACGGCGUUCAUCGCCUUUGCUACUAAAGAGAUAUGCGCACAGAAAGACUCGAUUUGUAAGAGUCGAGUGGAGGCCUUAUCCAGUGCUGUUGGCUUGGAUAUUUCAUGGGAUUCGACGCUGAAAACGUUGAGGGUCUCGUCACUAUUCCCACUCAUCGAGCAAAGCAUCAGUGUGCCCGGCUCUUCUACAAGACGAACAGAAGUGGGCAUCUUCUCUAAGGAUACACCGCCUAACCAGAAACCACAUGAAUUUGGGGUAUCUGGCCUACUUACCGUACUUGGUGAGAGGAAGGAGCCGUCAGGCACACUCUUUGGGUUCCCAUCACGACAUCGUGUGGUUGAUACUCAGUUCUCGUCGCAAUUUGUCACACCAACCGGACUUCACCCAACUCUGCAGUUGAAAUUGAGUUCGAAUAAGCCGCCUAUUACGGAUGAUGAGUGUGGCCUACAUGCAUUUUUCACAUUUCCCCGGACAAUCUUUGCGGACCGAUACCAGUUUGCGGAUGAACUUUUCUUAGCAUCGAAGAAUCUGACAGCCUCAAGGUACACAAGCCUACCCGUCGACUUGGAGGCACCGGUAUAUACCACAAAGUCAUGGGGCUCAAGCGUUUUACUCCAACUGGCGCCUCCAGCUUCUGAUGCGCCGGAGGCAUGGACGGCCGAGGUACCACUGCAUCUACGGUAUCUCAAACCAUCUGAGAGCGGUAGCGUCGAUAUUGAGAUUCCGUAUCCGGCAGUAUUCUGGGCAUGCGAGUCUAGUGCGAAUGCCGACUUCUCCAAUAACCCGUUUGACAGAAGUCGGCUAGGCUACGAUGGGUUGUUCAGCAAGAAUACAGUGUUUUGGCACACUACCCCACAGCCUACGACGGGCACCAGGAUCAUGACGCCCAUCUCGGUGCCAGUCUUGAAGCAGCAUGGCGCUGCGUUGGUCGGGUUUGGAACGGCUGCAGCUGUUGCACUAGGUUUUGCAUGGGUGUUGUGGAAGUUGGCGGCGGUUUUUGCGGUAUCUGGGUAUGGAGGUAAUUUGAGCAAUGAGGAGCAGAAGGAGAGCAAGAAGAACAAUUAA